GGAUGGCAAAUUACGUUCGAAGUCUAAACCGUUUGAUCUGAACGCUUGCGAACGGGUUCGAGGGUUUGCGUUCAAGUUGCCCAAAGAGUUUUAUUCUUCUGUGAACUAAGCCUAGCUUAGACCACGACAAGGUGCUUCCUGCUCGUGCCGUUGAUCGCCAACGUCGUCCGGCAAACCGUCCGCCGUCAAGUCCCAGCCCAGUCACAUCUCACACGUCGUUGCCGGCGGCCGUGUGAGUGUCGUACUCGAUCCGUACGGCGAGCUAGCUUGUUGGAGUACGUGUCGGUGCCGAGUCACCCAAGAACUCGGCGUCUCAUAGUCAUCGAAUCCGACUAGACUCGGCGUCUCGCUCCCUCUCGCCCAGUUUAUAUAUAGCGUCGCGAUCGAGUUGGCUGCGGCAGGCGUCCAAAGAUAACACGGUAGAGAGAGGGGAUCAUCGAGGGAACGAGAUUAGCCGGCCAUGAGGAUCACGCUGGGCAUGAGCCUGGAGGCGUGGGUCCCCACGGAAGCGGCGGCGCCUCCCAUGGCCAUGGGCGCCUGGCGCGCCGGCGAGGUCGUCUGGGGCAACGGCCACUCCUACGUCAUGCGCUGGUUCGACGGCGGCCCGGACUCUGGCCGCAUCCUGAGGAAGUUCGUCCGCCCGCUCCCUGACCCCGCCGUCAAGCUCCCCGCGGACCUCGUCGCCGGCGACAACGUCGAGGUGCUGGACGGCAGCAUGUGGAAGUGGGCCGAGGUCGUGGCCGCCGACCACGACGGCCGGUUCGAGGUCAAGAUCGUCGGCUCGGCCCAGGUCCUUACGGCGGACCGCGGCGCGCUCCGGCCCCGGCAGGUGUACGGGGAGAAGGGCUGGGUGGUGCUCCACAAGGGUAACAAGAUCCCCGUCGAGAGCGUCGUGCCGUCGCGCCCCAUCCCCGGCAAGAGCAUCAAUGGCAAGGCCAACAAUGGCAACAACCUCGGAGGCGGCAAGUUCGCCGCGCCCCAUGCCGUCAAGCUCGCGGGCCAGCCGACGAUGAAGAGGAGCAGCUGCUCGGUGACGGUGGACGGCGACGUGGCCCCGGAUGCCAAGAGGUUCCACUUUCAUAGUAGCAGCAAGUUGUUCCCCAAGGAAGCACGGGAUGGCAAGAGGUUGCAUAGUAGCAGCAAGUUGUUCCCCAAGGAUGCAGGAUACCCAAGCAAUUGUUAUCUGAUGAAGAAACGGCGGCAAGAGACGAGCAAUGAUCAAUCCUACUAUCAUGAAGAGGCGUGUGAUGUGCUCGGAGGAACAGCAAGAGACAGCAGCGACACCGACGACGGUUCUAGUAGUAGUAGCACGUCCGAUCGAUCGUCGUCAUCGGCGGAUGGCAGCGACGGAGACAGCAGCAGCAGCAGCAGCAGCAGCGGAAGCAACAGCAACGGAGGCGUUCCUGAAGUUCCGGCCGCCGGCGAGCAUUGCCAAGAAAAUCGAGAAGCGUCGAUCCCGCCGCCGCCGUCGAGCCGCGAGGAAGAGGGGCAAGAUUCCGACGACGGCCGUGCCAGCGUGACAAUGCAGCACCGCCCGGCGGAUGAGGACGAGGAAGAGGCGGUGACGACGAUGAAAGGAAAUCGGCAAGCGGCAGAGGUACAUGAUGACCACGGCCGCGUCCAUGGUCUGGAGCUGGAGGCGUACGUGAGCGUGAUGAAGGCGUUCCGCGCCACGGGACCGCUGAGCUGGGCCAAGGAGGAGCUGCUGUCCGACCUCCGCCUGCACCUCCACGUCUCCGGCGACGAGCACCUGCAGCUCAUAAGGAGCUUAAACGGCGGCAAUAGCAAGACACGAAGAAACUAAUGCUAGUUUGUCACUAGACUAGAAUCCGGCCUAGCUAGCCCAGUGAUAGAUUCUCCUGCUGUAUAGUAGUACAUGGAUGAAGUAAUUAUUUGGCUUCUUCGUGUUUGUAAAAACAUGCAUGAGUACUCUCUGAUCAAGCAGUAGAACGCUCCCA